GAGACAGUUCUAUCCUACCAAGCUUUCAAAGUUGAAAUAAUCAUCAUUACUCUAUGGUGAAUUAGGUUUAAUUCACGAGGAGUAUGUAGCAUAAACUGUUUGUUUACUAAUGUUGGCAGUAGAAGAAAAAGUCGUGGUAGUAACCUAUUUUAUAAACGUCAUAAUAGGAGUAACGAAAGUUUAGGAUUUGAUACAGUUUGGCUCCUUAUUUGUAAAGUAAUAACAUGAAAGGCAUAGGUGAUAGUGAUUCUGUCGAAGCGCUUAAAGAAAUUAAGAAAACAACAUUUGGGCCAGCCUUGCCACCUCACUUAGUUAUUAAAAAAUCAAAUAAUUCCAGUCACAAAGACAUUAUUGGCCCUCCACUUCCACCAUAUAUUUCUCAAUCAGUUAAUUCCAUUUCUGACCAAGGUAACCAAGAGAAGAUAAUAGGUCCUGCAUUACCUCCACAUCUAGCCAAAGAUUCAGAAAAAAAAGUUGAAAAUUUAACUGAGCCUUCAAAAUUGAUAGGUCCAUGUAUACCUCCCGGCUUUACAAAGAAUGUGCCGAGCACAAUAGACUCUUGUCUGCAUUCAGUUUCAUCCAUAAAUGAACAAACUUCAAGUGAAAGUACAAAAAUUCAAAGUAACGAGUCAGAUGAAGAAGCUUAUGGUCCUUGGCCAGUCGACAAUCAUAAACUAUCAAGUUCCCAUUUAGCACUAGAAGAAAGAGCACUGCAGCUUAAAAUUGACAAACUAGAUCCGAAACUUGCAGAACCUUCCAGGGAGGAUUGGAUGUUAAAGUUGCCUGAACAGAAGGUAGCACAUUUUGGAUUAGGGCCAAGGCAAUUUAGGAAACGCGCUGGUCCAGAUCUUUCGGAUAGAUCCGUCUGGACAGUAAUACAAGGAAAAAGUAGUAAUGAAUCCCAAACAGAAAAAAUAGAUUUGAGUAAGGAAGCUGAAUUAAAAGAAAUUGUAAAAAGGGACCAGGAGCAGGAAGUCCUUUCCAGAAAAUAUAAAAAGAAAGAAAAAAGUCUAUUGGAAAUGCACACAAACAAAGUAAAUCAACAGAAGAAAGAGGGUGCUUCAAAUGAAAGGAGACCCUUUAGUAGAGAAGUGGAUCUUCAAGUCAAUCGAUUUGAUGAGGUACAAAAAAAAGCAAUUUUAAAAAAAGCCCAACAUUUGGAUGAUAGGUUUUCAAGUGGACAAUCCAAAUUUUUAUAGGUAUGAAUUGUACCUUCAUCGGUCUAUAUACGAGAAGCUUCAUCUGCAAAAAUAACCAGCUUUACCACACUACACGCCCGCCGUGCGUUCGGGGGUUAAUCACCUUUGGCAGUGUUUGUCUCAAUGAUUGAGACGCG